CUAGAGACCAGUGAGAUUUGGAGAGCUUUCGGGACAUGUUCUAUUCUGGAGGUUCUAUUCUCAUGAUUUUUUCUGCACAUAGUUUGUAUCCCGCACAACAGGACUAAACAUCUGCAUUGUAUCCAGUUACACCUGUUUUGUGCGAGCUCGGGUUCUAACCAAACAGGAGUGCUCUCGGAAGAAUUCGCAAAUCUGCUGUUGAAAGACAGUCUUUGAAAACAGACAUUUGGACGCUAUCAAUUCAACUUUCUUAUAAAACUCACUUCUCUGAAAUACAAUUCAGUUGGUUUCAUUCAAAGGAGUCUGCUGUCUUUCUGAGCUCGAGGUGGGAGGCCAUGUCUGAGUACCUGCAGGCCUGCUUGGGCUGACUCUAGACUUUCUGCCUGCUCCAGGGGGGUGAGAGAGAGAAGAUAAACACCCCUGACCGGCUCUGGAGGAGCAGAAAAGAGGAGGCUUAUAUCCCACCUUUGUUCUCCCUAAGAUGUCUCUCCACGGACCCACUCCCGACUCGCCCCAAUCUGUUUAGUAACUCCACACCGUCUACAUUCCCCAACAGCCGGGAGAAAGAAUACCCCACAAGGAAGUGGAUAGAGAGAGAGAGAGAGGUGUCACAGCUGUAGACUGCAGCAGCACCAGCAGAGAGAGAGAGAGCGAGAAAGCUAAUUAGUAUUACUGAGAUGGUGUCAGAGCUGAGAGACAUGAGAAGUGACUUCUGAAGAGAGUUCUGUUCUCUGAAGGAUAUUGCGGCUCAGGACAUUUGUUUGUGGGUUUUUUUUUCUUCAUUUUUCUAAGGGACUCAAUUUAGUUGGAUGCAGGUUUAGCUUAGCCUUCCGUCAUGAAUCUUCUGGGAAGCUGUAUGAAGAGGGGGCAGACUGGCUGCCACAGAGGUGGUCUGGCUGGGCCCUGUCAGGUCCUGCUCCUGGCCUGCUGUAUCCUGGUAGUCCUGGGAGCCAAGCCAAAGACACCUGGCCACAAACACCUCAACUCCAUCCGCAUAGAUGGGGAUAUCUCUCUUGGUGGCCUCUUCCCGGUACACGCCAGAGGCAACGAUGGUAAAGCCUGUGGGGAGCUGAAGAAGGAGAAGGGGAUCCACAGACUGGAGGCCAUGCUGUUUGCACUGGACCGCAUUAACAACGACCACGAGCUGCUGCCCAACAUCACUCUGGGUGCCAGGAUCCUGGACACCUGUUCCCGGGACACCCACGCCCUGGAGCAGUCGCUCACCUUCGUCCAGGCUCUCAUCGAGAAGGACGGGACGGAAAUCAAGUGCCUGAGCGGCGGGCCGCCCAUCAUCACCAAGCCUGAGAGGGUGGUGGGUGUCAUCGGGGCCUCCGCCAGCUCUGUGUCAAUCAUGGUUGCCAAUAUCCUGCGGCUCUUCAGGAUCCCCCAGGUGAGCUAUGCCUCCACGGCUCCGGAGCUGAGUGAUAACACGCGCUACGACUUCUUCUCCCGAGUCGUGCCCCCGGACACCUACCAGGCACAGGCCAUGGUGGACAUAGUUAAAGCCAUGCGCUGGAAUUAUGUCUCCACAGUAGCAUCAGAGGGUAACUAUGGAGAAAGCGGUGUGGAUGCCUUCAUACAGAAGUCCCGCGAAGAGGGGACGGUGAACCCUCGACUCUACCACGAUCCAUCCCAGAGCUGCUGCCUCAUAUUAGCCUGCACACUGAAUAAACAAAGAGGUGUGUGCAUCUCUCAGUCAGUGAAGAUACCACGAGAACCUAAGCCUGGAGAGUUUGACAAGAUCAUCCGCAGACUGUCAGAGAACCCCAAUGCACGGGUUGUUAUUCUCUUUGCCAAUGAAGAUGACAUUAGGCGGCUUCUUCAAGCAGCUAAGAAGGACAACCAGACAGGACAUUUCAUAUGGGUGGGUUCAGACAGCUGGGGGUCUAAGAUCUCCCCCAUACUCAACCAGGAGGAGAUGGCAGAAGGUGCUGUUACCAUCCUACCUAAACGGCAGUCCAUCCGAGGGUUUGAUCGCUACUUUAUCAGCAGAACUUUGGACAACAACAGAAGGAAUAUUUGGUUUGCAGAGUUCUGGGAAAACAACUUUCAGUGCAAACUCAGUCGACAUGCUCUGAAGAAAGGAUCCGGCAUCAAAAAGUGCACAAACCACGAGCGGAUCAGGAAGGACUCGUCCUAUGAGCAGGAGGGAAAGGUCCAGUUUGUGGUCGACGCAGUCUACGCCAUGGCUCAUGCCCUGCACAACAUGCACAAGGAGCUCUGUCCAGGCAAAGUGGGCCUCUGCUCCAGAAUGGAAACCAUCAAUGGAACCAUGUUGCUCAAGUUCAUUCGCAAAGUCAACUUUACAGGAAUUGCUGGCACUCCAGUGAUCUUCAAUGUGAACGGAGAUGCCCCUGGUCGCUAUGAGAUUUACCAGUACCAGAUGAAACACAACACCACAGAGUAUAAGAUCAUCGGCCACUGGGCAGACCAGCUCCAUUUAGAUACUAAGGAGAUGUGGUGGCCUGGUGGGACACUCCAGGUACCCCAGUCUAUCUGCAGCCAGCCAUGUUGUCCUGGGGAGAGGAAGAAAACAGUCAAAGGUGUCCCCUGCUGUUGGCACUGUGAGCGCUGUGAUGGCUACCAGUACCAGGCCGACACCUACAGCUGUAAGAUGUGCCGCUUUGACCUGCGGCCCAAUGAGAACCACACGGCCUGUGAAGCCAUCCCCAUCGUCAAGCUGGAGUGGAGUUCCCCUUGGGCUGUCAUCCCUGUACUCAUUGCUGUGCUGGGCAUCAUGGCCACCAUGUUUGUGGUGGGCACCUUCAUCCGCUACAACGACACGCCCAUCGUGAAGGCGUCAGGGCGCGAACUCAGCUAUGUGCUGCUGACGGGCAUCUUCCUGUGCUACGCCACCACCUUCCUCAUGAUCGCUGCCCCUGACAUUGGCAUCUGCUCCCUGCGACGGAUCUUCCUUGGUCUGGGGAUGAGUAUUAGCUAUGCAGCGCUGCUCACUAAGACCAACCGUAUCUAUCGCAUCUUUGAGCAGGGGAAGAUGUCAGUGAGCACCCCAAGGUUCAUCUCCCCGGCCUCCCAGCUGGUCAUCACCUUCAGCCUGAUCUCAGUUCAGCUCCUGGGAGUGUGUAUCUGGUUUGGUGUGGACCCGUCUCAGGCUAUCAUCGACUAUGAGGACCAACGCACGUCCAACCCGGACAUGGCCCGUGGCGUGCUCAAAUGUGACAUCUCAGACCUUUCUCUGAUCUGCCUGCUUGGCUUCAGCAUGCUGCUCAUGGUCACCUGUACGGUGUAUGCCAUCAAGACCCGGGGGGUGCCAGAGACCUUCAACGAGGCCAAGCCCAUCGGCUUCACCAUGUACACCACCUGUAUCGUGUGGCUAGCCUUCAUACCCAUCUUCUUUGGGACCUCGCAGUCAACUGAAAAGAUGUACAUCCAGACCACGACUUUGACCAUCUCUGUGAGCCUGAGUGCCUCUGUGUCUCUGGGAAUGCUCUACAUGCCAAAGGUCUACGUGGUCCUUUUCCACCCGGAGCAGAACGUGCCCAAUCGCAAGCGCAGCCUCAAGGCUGUCGUCACCGCAGCCACCAUGUCCAACAAGUUCCCCACCAAGGGUGGCCUCCGUCCCAACGGAGAGGCCAAGUCUGAGCUCUGUGAAAGCCUGGAGACACAAGCAUUGGCCUCCAAGCAGACAUACAUCAGCUACAGUAACCAUGCCAUCUAAGAGACAGGCAGUGGAACUCCGGCUUGGAAGAAUAGCAAGGACCUGCCCGUGGGGUGAACAAACACCAAAAACUGGAGCACCAAGAUGCAAGAGCAGUGGCAAAGGUGGAGAAAUGAGAAUGAGAAUAAUCACUCAACAUACGGAACUGAUGUCACUAUUUUCAAGAGGACAAGGCAAGGCAAAUAUAUUGAAUGCCAAACAAAAGCAGUGUGGGGUGGGGAAGUGGGGAUGUCAGGUAGACAGUGAUGUCUGCCCUCCCCAUCCUCCUUGUGACAUGUCAGAUACACCAGGCAAUUACAUUUCCAAAUUCAGUCAGAGCCAAUGACUUCAAUUCAGUGUUUUCCUUCUGGAGUUUAUAUAACAGCAUUUCUCUUCUGGUGUUUUGUCUGAAGCUGACUAACACCCUCUUCGGUAAGAGUGAAUUGAGUUUUCUCUUUGUGUGCAGCAGUGUUGUGUCUCUCUCUACCAGUAGUAAUGUGCAAUUAUUUGCCUCCCUUUCUUCUCUGUCCUUUCCAAUGCGGGUGAAAUGCUGAACAUAAUAUCAAAUUAGUCAAAGCUGUCAAAAGUAGAUGAAAAAGUGUGUUGUUGGUGUGGGGUAAGUCUUCAUUCAAGGCCAAAAUAAACUAAUAUUAAUCCUCAGGCUCUGUAACAUUAACAUUAUGUUGUCAUCGUUUUAAUGAAGGUCAUAGUUGUGAAAAAGAGCCAACAAGUAUGCACCUUUUCAACCUUUAACAUGUAUGAAUAUUCAGUGUUACAGCAGGGGUCCAAUAAGUGUUUUCUUGUACAUCAAAUAAAGCGAUGGAUUUUCACAGAUGAUAGCGAUAUCAUAGCUGACACCAUCUUUACGCGCUUAUAUACAGUCAUAGAGCAUGCCUGUGGGAGCAUAAUGUGUACUGUGCUGUGUUUUCAAAAUCUAUUGAAUCCAACAUGUGUGAGGAUUGUGGUACAACAGACACAGUGGCAUUAUCAUGUUUUGACUAUUACACACAUGGUACCUUAUGCAGAUGAAUGCAGAUUAGAAUACAUGAAAAGGCAUAAGAACUGGCUAAAAAGUAAAAGUAUUGUAUGUUCAACACCGCCUACUUUUUCAGUGAAAUACAGCUUCAAGACUACAGCCCAUAGACAGCCAUGCACUGCCUCAGUGUAUUCAUGCUGGCAUUCUCACAUGUGAGAAUAUCAUUUCAUGGUCUUGUUCCAUUAGAAAUUCAGCAGUUCCAUCUCAACGUGACGAAUUUGGAAUCUGUACCAGAUAUGUCUAACAUAUAGCUAGCUAUUGGCGAUAGGUUAUGUAAUGGUACAAAACACUCUUUGGAGCAUCAGCAGUGUACUCUGUCUAGUGUGCACCAUCCUUGGUUACGUUAUUGACUCAUUUGCCAUGCACCUGUGAUUUCCGUAAUAGUGCUUGUUCCCUUAAUGUUGUUCAGAGAAAGGAAGUCCCUCCACAUCCACAUGAGGGAAUUGGGUUUAAAAUCCCCUAAGGACAAUAUACAUGCCUGUGCGGAAAUCUAAUUAGCAUAAUAAAACAAUCCCCAUAAGAAUCUGUCAGUUUAAGCUAGAGAUAUCUGUUUGUUUGCAUUGGAUGCAUCUCAAUCCACCGCAUCCAGCAAUGUAACACUUCUGCAUCUGCGUUGAAAGGUGACAGAGUUAGAGAGGUGUUUGACAGACCAUGAGACAUCCCGAAAUAACAAUUUGGACGCUACAAUUAUUGGUCUUUUCACAAAACCGUCUGAACGGUUUGGCCUAAAAGCUAUUAUGACCCCUCUAUGCAAAGAUGAGACUCUCACGAACAGGAUGUUGUUUCCUGUUUUGGAAUAACACGAACAUGUCAGUGGUUUUGCUCUAUGACCCCUACAAGCGACCCCCUGUAUCGUCUGAGGUCCGUAUGACCGAUCUACCAACAUCUGUCUGUAGAGUCCGAACAGUUCGGGCUAUGUACUAAUAACCUGUGUAAAGGUGAGACUCUGACAAACACGUAAAUGUUGGUUUGUUGCUCUUGGAUGUGCACAGACCUCACAAGACUCGUCUGAAGGUCCUCCGGUACCAGAUGAAAAAUUGAAUGGAAGUAUAUACACUGCAUUCGGAAAGUAUUCAGGACCCUUGACUUUUUUCCUGAUCAACCCACACAGAAUACCCAAUAAUGACAAAGUGAA